GUCUCCCUGUUAUCCGCAAGCUAGCCCAUCUCGCUCACCACUCGCCCCACACUCGCCCAGCCGCUCAUCCCCCGGCGUCUCCAUCAUCUCCCUCUCCCCGACCUGCUCUGCCCAUACCCGUCCCGGACACUUUAUAACCAGCACAGAUCGCCUCAUCUCAGCUCUUCUCUCCUUAUAGUGCUGGCCGACUCUUCUCCAGCAAGCCCCCAUCUCUCUACCCCCCUUCAACAAACACACUCUCUACCCACCAUGUCUUACGACGACGUGGAGAAGGUCCACAAGGCCGAGACCGGCAAGAUUGUCGUGUCUCCCGCCUACGAUGCCAUGGCCGACAACGAGGAGUACUACGACCCGUCCAAGGAGACGAUGAUGACGCGCGCCGGUCUCAACUUUGAGUCCUUCAAGCGUGCGCCUGGUACUACUCGUGGUCUUGUCGCCCACGGUGACAUUCCCCCCGAGCUUGUCGCCCACGACAACCCGCUGCUCCAGCAGAAGAUGAAGCCUCGUCACCUGCAGAUGAUUGCUGUCGGUGGUUCGAUUGGUACUGGUCUCUUCGUUGGUUCGGGUUCCGCUCUCGUCAAGGGUGGCCCCGCUGGUGUCCUGAUUGCCUGGUUGAUCAUCGGUGUGAUGCUUAUCAACGUCACUCAGGCUCUCGGUGAAAUGGCUAUUCUCUACCCCGUCUCUGGUGGUUUCUACACUCUGGCAUCUCGUAUGCUUGACCCUUCGUUCGCUUUCGCCAUGGGCUGGAACUACGUUUUCCAGUGGGCUGUCGUUCUUCCUCUUGAAAUUACUGUCGCUGGUACUACUGUUCAGUACUGGGACACUCCAGUACCACUCGGCGCUUGGAUUACCAUCUUCUUCCUUCUCAUUAUCUUCUUCGCGGUUCUUGGCACACUCGGCUACGCUGAGGAGGAAUUCUGGUCCUCGUGCCUCAAGCUUACCGUUGUCGUGAUCUUCAUCAUCAUCGGUAUUGUCUGUAUUGUCGGUGGUGGUCCCCGGAACGGUGACUACAACAAGUACCUCGGUGCCGCCCACUGGUACAACCCCGGUGCAUUUGCCAAUGGCUUCAAGGGUGUCUGCGCGGUGUUCGUCACUGCCGCCUUCUCCUUCGCCGGUACCGAGCUUGUCGGUCUUGCCGCCACUGAGACCCCCAACCCCCGCAAGACCAUGCCUGCCGCUAUCAAGCAGACCUUCUGGCGUAUUACUGUCAUUUACAUCACUUCGCUCCUCAUCAUCGGCCUCGCCGUUCCUUACACCGAGCCCCGUCUUAUGGGCGGUUCGGGUGCCGACACCUCGCCUUUCGUCAUUGUCAUGGACAAGGCUCGCAUCAAGGGCAUGAACCACCUCAUCAACAUCACUAUCUGUAUCUCGGUUCUUUCCAUCGGUCUCUCGUGUGUCUACGCCGGCUCGCGUACCCUCACCGCUCUUGCCGAGACUGGUUACGCCCCCAAGAUCUUCACCUACGUUGACAAGGCUGGUCGCCCCCUCUGGUCGGUUGUCUUCAUCGUCGCCUUUGGCCCCCUCGCCUACGUCAACCUUGCCGAUGUUGGUGACUCGGUCUUCAACUGGCUUCUUGCCCUCUCGGGUCUCUCCACGCUCUUUACCUGGCUGGCCAUCUGUGUCACGCACAUCCGCUUCCGCCAGGCCUGGAAGGCCCAGGGUCACUCGGUUGAGGAGCUUCCCUUCAAGGCUCUCGGCGGCAUGUGGGGCUCGGUCCUGGGCGCCGUCCUCAUUGUCCUCGUCCUCAUCGCUCAGUUCUACAUCGCCGUCUGGCCUCUGGGCCCCAAGCCCUCGGGUGGCGCUGCCGCCGAGGCCUUCUUCCUCUCGUACCUCGCCGCCCCGGUCAUUCUCGGCUUCUGGCUCGUCGGCUUCCUCUGGAAGCGCACCCUUCCCAAGAAGGUCCACGAGAUCGACCUCGACACUGGCCGCAAGUCGUGGCUCACCGUCGAGGAGAUGCGCGCCUGGCGUGCCGAGCGUGCUGCCGCUCCUCUCUACAAGCGCAUUUUCCGUAUCCUCUUCACCAACUAGUCAUAAUACCACAAUAAUCUCAAGAUUGUUGCAAUUUGUAACGCUCGUUUCUUGAGCUCGAUCUUUGUAUGGCUCUCGCCGAGCAUAGUCUCCCAGGUUUAAGAUGCAACAAUGCGGACUCAUG